AUGUCGGCAACCUUCACCCGUUCGCAAUUUGAGACGGCAUGCAAGGCGUACAUCCGCGUCCACAAUGCCUCUGGGCAAACUUCCGCGACCGCCUUUCGUCCCGAUGGUUGGACUUGGUCAGACCACAAUUCGACAAUAGCUCGCCCGGGCUUCAUGCAUCGGUCAGCAUUACUUCCACUUAACCCUGUCAGAUCUCUGGAGAUUGGAAGUGAGGAAGACGUUUCUGGCGUCUCGAGCCCUAUCGACGAGAGUGUAGUAGCCGCCAAUACUCCGAUACUGAUCGCAUCUGAGCAACAUGUUGUGUACUCUCCAACAUUCCAGGUGCCGACAUUUUAUUUUACUAUGUACAACAGCAGUGGUGCGCCGUUGACUCUAGACCAAAUCCUGAUUUCACCCUUGUUUCAUCCGCACAGCCUCGCGAAUGCUGAGGCGACGUCCUUUGCGCUCACGGAGCCUGGAUCAUCCUUCCCGCUGCUUUCGCAGGGUGAUCAUCCUGUAUUAGGUACCCCGUCGUGGUAUCUUCAUCCUUGCCAUACGGCGGAAGCGGUCGUGGAGCUCAUGGCAGAAUCUCCACGGGGCGACGAGAGCGAGGAGCGGACGUUAGUGCGAUGGAUGGAGACUUGGUUCAUGGUCCUGGGGCAGGUGGUCAAUCUCCGUUAUAGAAGCUGA